CGCGAUCUUUUUUAGAAUAAUGUUAUGAUAAUCUCUCAAUAUUAGAAAACUUUGAAACAUAUUUCGCAAGAAUACCCCAUAUAGUUAAAAUAAGGUUUAUCUCCUAGUCCUCUCAGUUAAAAAUGUCUUUCGAAAGCUUAACAAGUGCAAAAAUGAAGGAAACAUCAUUUGAUAGUCCUGAUUUCCAUUACGUUAUCGAGGUUGCGUCUGGCCAAAAUAUUUGUUUCGGUUCGACGGUGCCUCGAAGUACCGCCCCCAUCGGUAGCGGUCUGUCGCCGUUUCAAAAAAUAAUCGCCCCCGAAUGGUUCAAAACCAGUCCCGGCUAUUACGACAUCGAAAAAUAUACGUCCUGUUUGUACCCCGUGUUAUUUAAGAUAAGAAGUAAAAAGGGGGUUGGCCCAUUGGCCAGCGAAACGAGACGCUUUGAAGAAAAAAUAUCGCUACGAACUCCGUCCCCAGGACGAUACGACGUCAUCCGCGAGAGGCCUUGUGAAGAAUCUAGGGCACCUUUUGGAACGAGGAGCAGAAUAAAAUUUCAACCCAACAAGAACCCUGGGCCGGCGACAUAUGAUACGCGGCAAACGAAAAAAUGCCGGAAGCUGAAGAAAGCCACGGGCAUCGAAACGAUAUGCGUGCAAACGCCGUUCCAUACUUGCGAAAAAUGCGAAAAACUUUGCGAAGGAGACUACUGGCAGAUGGACUACUCCACUUUUCUGUGCCACCUUUGUUGGGAAGAAGAAAAGCACCUCCAGGAAAUGCAUAAUGUCAAAACGUUGAAACGUUUCAAGAAAAUACGAAACUGCUCUUUCAUGCACAGCCACGAAGGUACGACAGCCGCAAUCCGGACCCUACCCCCCAAGAAGGUCAAACAGAAAUUACGCCUGGAAAAGUAUUUAGACUUAUAUAUUCAGUGUUAA